AUGCUCUACCUAGUUGCGGAGUUUGCCUCAGUUACUCUCGCUGAAAUCGAGUCGAACACUGCUCAUCCGGCGAUGCCUGCCAUUGCAGAUGUUCUAACUCUUACUAAUGCCAAAUACACUCGCCGGGUCUAUAAGUUACGAGACAAGGCUUUUGAGUUUGUGCUGCAGAGAGUGAGGGAAACAAAUGAAGCAAUCGCGACGCGUCUACAGGCGGAUUUUCGACGCAUUCGAUGUAUCUACUCGCCGAAAAUUCCACGCAGGUUUGACUCAGCGCGUGAAACCGAUUUCGAGACGUCCUUAAAGCACUCACGCAAAUAUCUCCGCAAUGCGAAGCUCGACACGCCACCCGCUGCCCCUACGAUACCCUUCAGACCAAACCAUUCACGCCGAAGACAGAAACAAAUCAAUGGUUUGUUCCGGUUGAAAGAUGAUGAAACGGAGUCACUUGUUGAUUUCGAAAUGUGGGUAGACGCCGAGCUACAAAACUGGUGCAGCACAGCCCAACCAUUGGACAAAGCAUGUUGUGGCCUAGCAGAGUUGAUAGGAACCUACUCGCGUUAUGCAAGCAAGAAGUACGCCAGGAUACCUGAAUUGACGUCCUUGAUGCUUCUGGUCAUACUCGAGUGCUGGGUUUCCCUGGACAAAUUAUGCGUCCAAGUCUGCGGUUCUCUCGCGAAAUUCUCACCAGAGCUCCCCAAGAAUCUGCUUCAACAUCUGCUUCUACCCCGCCGGCGUGAGAUGAUACGGGCACAAGCGGUUGAAGAAUACAUCGCUUCCAGACUUGAUGGCUCUUCGUCUGAUGCAAGUAUCUUUGAGGACCCAGGAUCUCACACUUUUGCUGCUUUGUUCUUCAAGGCUUCUCGAAAGUGUCGGUCUCAGCGGGCAAAAAUUGUCGAAAAUUUCCAAAAAGAACGAGAUGAUCGACAAAGAAGGUGCAAGGAUUUAUCGCAGAAGCAUGAAAACCUCCUCAACGAAGCCUCGAAGCUGUCGCAUGAUACAGAUGAGGACGAGGAUGGAAGCCACCUACCCUACUGUAGAAAAUGUCAGCUGCAACAAGAUGCGGCGCGACUGUCCAUUGGGAUCCACGAAUGGCCCCUUCCUGAUGACGAGGACUUGGUCGAGAAUGUUGUGUUUGAGCUCACCUGCCCCGAGUGGUUUGCACAAUGGCGGGAUGUCACAUGGAUGAUUCUGGACGACUAUGGCAGAUCUCAGACGAGCGAAUCCGCACGCAUGGAAGUGAACCUCUUGGAAUACCCGGCGCUGAGAGAAUAUCAUGACAGCCGGCCACGGAGACUAACUCUUGCCUCUGCAACCAAGUCGUGGGUAGACUCCCAUUUCAGCACUCAGAGGAUCCCAGUCGGUCCCGAGCAGAUAGUAGUAUCUAGCGGACUUCACUUUUGCCUUUGGGACACCAAGAAAGAAGCAUGGGUCAAGGACAGACGGAACACUUCAAGUCCAAGUUUCAAGCAGCUUUGCACCUUUUACCUCAAUGCCACCGCAUAUGCUGGUCUCCAGUAUGCGGUCGAAACGAGUCACCACAACCAAAAUCAAAUAAUAGCAGAGCAACGAACUUACUAGUCACAACUAAACCUUCACAAUUUGAUCGCUUUCGGUCAACUCAGAUUAGGUGAGCGCUUGCAGUGGUACAACAUACUGAGGGAAAUUGCAUCAUCCUCUAUCUCACUAAACGAAAGGCCCGUCCAUGAACUGUUCUGUCAGGCGGCAUGGCAGCUCGGUCCAUUUAUGCCUGGCAAGUGGCUCAGAGAAGCCCAUGUGUUCUUUGAAGAUUUGAACUCUGUUACGAGGCUUUGGGAAACACUCGAGCACAGGUUGUCGGGCAUUCAGCAUAACUGGAAUGAGUUUCACACUCUCCAGACAAUUGUCGUCCUGGGGCUUCGAAGUCUGAGCCUCGGCCCCCAGUCAGCCGUUGAGCAAGCGAUGAGUUUCUUACGCAGAUGUAGGGGAGUGGCUAUGGAAUGGUGCGCGAAGCUAAAAACUAGUGUUGAAUCCAGUUUGGGAGAGAAUACUCAGGGGAAACUGAACUUGAUGCUGCAUAUUGGAGGAAUCUGCCUCCUGACCUUUUCCGUGGAUUCUGAACAUCUUCCGGCCGUUCUUCAUACACAAGAGGACUUGCAGUGCCUAUUACAAGCAUCA